GGAGGCAGGAACAGCAGCGGAGAGGCACAAUCCACGCGCACAAGAACAGAACACCAGAGAGGCAGGCAGUCAGGCGAAAACCACGAGCACGGGCGCAACAGUGUGUGUAACACCACGUCUCGUUGCCAUUACCACCUCCCCUCGCGCUCAUCUCUUCUCAUUCUUACUCAAACCUCCUUUCACUCAGCUCCUCCAUCUUCCUCUCGUCCUCCGACAGACCGGCCUACUCGCCGCGCACCUCUAUGGCGGACCGCAUCAGGCGACUCCAGAAGGACGAACGGCGUCUGCCAAAAGUUCCGCAGACCAUGGAUGGCCCUCGGCGCAUCUCUCAAGGUACCAUCGGCGUUCGAAAACUCAGUGACUCUCGGCAGUCAAGCCUGACAGACCUCAACGCUGCAGCAAAUCCUUUCCUCGACCUCGUUCCCUCCGGCGCUCAAGUCAAAGUCCUCACCUCCACCAACCAUGCAACGGGCCGAGUGCAGCAUUUGCGCAGAAAGAGCAAGACGCCCAUCCGUCACUUGCAGCAUGUCGUUCCGCUUGUGCCUACCGGUGCUGCCCUCAAGCCGCGCAAGAUGUCUAUGGGCAAGGUCGUCUCCCAUAAGCAGCAUGCACGCGAUCCCAAACGCACUUCACAAGACGCUGUCGCAAACCACCGGCCUUCCGUGGAGAAUAUUCAAGAAGAAGAGCAUGUUGCUGUGGCUCCUCGAAAGUCUAUCAGUAUUGGUGCUACGCAAGUCAAACUUGUUCCCAAUAUUCAGCCCAAAAAGUCACCACGCAUGUCCUCUGCUGCUUCGGAAGCUUCUGGUACGUCCUAUCAGUCUGGUAGAUCCAACAGGUCGCAUCGUUCUUCCGUCUCUCGCCGCUCUCGUGCCUCUGAAGUGGUGACAUUGACAAAGGAAGAAUUGUCAGAACACCACCUCGUCCAGCCACGCAAGCUACGACAAUCCUUCGAAUUGCGCCAACAAGGCCUGUCUGCUCCUGUCGUUGAUUCUGCACCACCUCGACCAAAACAGGCUAUUGCACCACGCGCAGCACCAGCCCUUCGACCUGCCACGACACUCGCUGCAUCGACGGCAGAAUCGCAGCGUAGCAAUCAGCUCACUGCCUCGCAACGCGCCCUGGCUCCACCGCUCCAACGUACACCAUCUGGUUUGAGUUCAGCACCAAUCUUGACAGCUGCUCCGGCAGCAGCAACUGCUCAGGCUGCUGCGAAGAUUUCUCAAGCGAAUUAUCAGCCUAGUAGGACAGCACCCGCGCCACCAUCCCCUGAAUUACCACCAGUUGUGGCACCGCCCGAGUUGGCACCCAUGACUUGGACAUCGGGGAUGAGGCAGCCUAGUAUUUCGCUGCCGAUGGAUCAGCCCAUGCCACCAGCUUAUUCUUCUGCGCCUACGACGACGACUCCGGCUCCCGUACAGACUGCUGACAAGUCUGCCUCACCUUCGCGACCGGCUCCGAUCGUUGUACCUCGACACUCAUUAACGACGCCGCCUCGUCUUGGUGGCAUGCGCAUACAACAGUCUCCGCUAUUCAGUCCCAAAGGAACACGUAUGGAACCACGUCUUGCGGGGUACAUGCCACGUCGGCCCUCUGGACCUAUCGCACCUGUCAGAAUGCUGCGCCAAGAUUCACGAGCAUCGCUGAGUGAUGGGUUUGUGCAGGAAGAUGAUGAACAGACAAAGACCAACAUUGCCAAUAGCAAGAUUGAGUUGUACUUGGCAUCCCUUAAAGACCGCAAGCCGAGUGUCAAUCAGCUCGAAAAUCUGCCGACGGCAAAUGAUGUGAUUGCGCAUCAUAAACGGCAGCUCUCAUUCAAGAUGUCUGAACAAGACUCGCGACAUGCAUGGACGACAGAUGAUGGUGGUGAGAGUGAUGGUUCUUCCAUUCCACAACAACAGCCUCCUCGCAAGUCUUCUCGUCGACCUUCUGUCAGCUCUCACACAACGUUGACAUCCACCACCAAAUCCAUGGAUGCAGAAAAGAGCUACAAGCCUGAACGUGGGACCGUGCCAUCAGGCAUGGAUGCAGAUGAAGUUUUUCGUGGCGUCAAGGUUGGAUGGCUCGUCGCGACCUACAACGACUACCUCGCUCACGUUGAAAAGCGCGAAGCCAAGAGAGCUGCGAAGCAAGCGAAACAAAAGACUGCUUCUGCGCCUGCCAGAUCGCCUCAGCUGCCAGAACUCGACUUGUCGUCACCUGUGGCCUCGCCUAUCGUUAAGCAGCAUCCUGUUCCCGUUGCACAACCUUCUGCGCCGCCUGCACAGCUCAAGAGCAUUCUCAAGGUCACCGAACCUCAAGCUGAAGCUGCUCCAGCCGUUGCAUCUGGCCCUGCUGCCAUUGCACAGGUUGUUGAAGAACGCGCAAAAGCUGUUGCUGCCGACAAAGUGGCUGCGCAGGCGAAAUACCGUGCUUCGUUGGCUCGUCAGAUGAGUAGCGAGAUAGUCCCCUAUCGCGCCAUCACAUCGCCAGUCUUGCGUUCACCAACACUCGCAUCGCCCAAACCAGCCGUAUCGGAGUCAGAGGGUGAAGUACAGCCUGUGCAGCGAUUAUGGUCAACCACGACACAGCAGCAGCCCGUGCAAGCUGAAAUCAAGAAACUGCCCAAAAGCGUUCAAUUGGCCAAAUCAGAGUCUGAGCCUGCUCGGGGAGUUUCAAUCUCAGGUCCACGCGAUACAAACCCACCUGCCAUGUCCAAAGUGGUAAGUGCGGACGCGGAUCGUGUCAAGCUUUACAGCAAUGAGAUGACGUUUUACGAUCCAUUUGCAAAGCACAAGAAGCAGCCUUCUAAUUUGCGGCGGUCAAUGAAGUCGAACGAGUCGCCUGUUGCAUCAUCUGCUGCUUCCAUGGCAUCUCUUGAGUCGCCUGCGCUGGAUGUGCCGUCUGUGGUUGUCAAAGCGCCUUCUCCUGAAAUUUCGCAGCCUGUUGCGCCCACACUACCCACAUCUGCCAGUGUUCCUCUGCUCACGGCUCUGCAACGACCUGCUGCACAGAAGCUUGCGCCGAUUCCAACAUCUGCCAGCUACCAAGACUUGUCUGUUGUUCAGCACAACAAAAGUUACGACUUGGUCAGUGGUCCAAAGAGUCCUGCUGCCAUGAUGAAACGAGGUUCAUACCGCACCAACUCGGCACUCAGCUCAACGAGUGAUGGCUCCUUGGACGAAUUCAUCACAGGCAUGCCGCGUGGCAAGUCUUCCAAGUUUGGCGCAGUCUCGAACAAGGCGCAAAAGAUCCUCGGGCUGCGCAACAAGUCGCCUCGCGAGGUCAAGUUCAAGGCAGGCGUCAUGGAUGAGAAGCGAAACUCAAAGCAACGCAUCUCAGUGCAUGAUAUUUCCGGUCCACUCGAGUUGCAGCAAGAGAUGAAGGCGCAGAGCUCACAAGGGUCGCAGCACUCUCGAUCGUCACAAGAGGUGCAUCUCAUUGAAGUGCCUCGUCCUGCAGAGUUGCCCGUUGCAUUGACGCCUGAGCAAAUCUCACUUGCUCAAUUCAUGCGGGAGGGUGAUAAGCGUGAGGCGCAGCAUAGCCCGCUCUGGCAGCGUGACAGCAUCUCUGCCGCCUCUCGCCCACUCGUCUCUCCUUUCAAGGGUGAUGCAGGUACGCGCAGCUCGCAAGAGUCAGAGCCUGGUACGGCUGUGAUCCCGAUUGGUAUGGAAGCAAAACGUCGUGCUUCCUCCAUCUACAGCCCAGCACAGACGCUCUUCAACAUGGACCAGGUCAAGCCGACGUUUGUUCAGUUGCAAACGCCAGAGAUGAAUGACUCGCCCAUGUCGGAAAUCUUCCGGGAUUAUACCCUUUCGCCAGAGCCAUCGCCUGCCAUGCAGCAGUCGCAACCUCCUGUUCAGCGACAAGCACAGCAGCAGAAGCAUCGGUUUAAGCCUGUGCAUCAGCUUGAGACUAUUGCGCAGAGUCCACAGACGAAUAAGUCCUCACCGGAUACCAAUAGUCCUGCGAGUGGUGGCUCUCGUUCGCAGACACGCUCAAACUUGGCAAAAUCGAGUACACCGCCUUCAUCAGCACCGCCUGCUGGUCUUGGUAUCUCUGGUUCGUCCAACAUCUCACCUAUGCAAGUCAGGCCCAAUCUUGCACAGCGCAAUACACACUCGAAGGAAAGUCGAAAUGGCUCACCAGACAUUCUCCCGACGAACUUGGCGGAGUCGCUUGCAAGGCGCAAGCAACAGCAGUUUGAACCACUGGAUCGUGCACAAACAACGAGCCCAUUCAGUAACCCGGCUGCCAGACUUGCCUCACCCAAUUCGUCGCGCGAGCCGACACCGGAUCCCUUUCGCAACUUGAAGCUUCCUGCCAAGUCGAGUCCCCAGACUGUCAUGUUUGGUUUUGAGGAUCAAUCGCCACCGCAAGAUGGCAUGCCACGGAAGAAUGUGCCGGAACCACUGAAAUUGGGAACGCCAUCCUUCAUCUCUCAGGAUAGCACGAGUCCUGGCUCGGCCGUUCAAUUUCGAUCGCCAUUUGAGGAGCGUCGACCACAGUCUGCGACUAUGCCUACGCAUGGUGUGGCCAUGCCAUCACCCAUUCGCUCACGACCUUCCUUCACUAGCAAGCACUCUUCCAACUCGCCAGACUAUGUUGCUACUGAGCCACAAUACCAUCAGCCUUCGCAACAAGGUAGUCAGCAACCACGUAUCAUGACAAUGACCCAAUCGGACGCAGCGAGACAUUUGAAUGCUGAAGAACGCUCGCGACGCAACAUCUCGUCUUCAUCGUCAGAGAGCGCUGCGCCUGCGCGUGUGGACUACCAGCUUCCGCAACAACCGACCAACAAGCAUGGACAGAAUGGGAGUUUUGAUUUCAUGAGUGCCUUGGAUCGUUCUGGUAGUGAAGCGUCGCAAGAGACUGCUAGGCCUGCUGCGCAGAAAGUGGUGGGUGAGGUGACGGAGAGUCUCAAUUAUUAUGCUGGUACGGCGACGGCUGCUUUUUCGAAGUGGUUUGGAUAGAAGAUGUACAUACAAUUAUAAUUAUGCAAUGAUACCAUGUCUUUGCACUAGC